GCUGUCGGCGGUCGUCUUUACCCGACUGUGAGCGCAUCGGAUAAAACGUAUUUGUAUUUAAUACGGACGGUUUGGUGUGUUUUAUUGCUUUAAUUUAUUACGCAAAUUCGCUAGAGCCCGCCCGCGUAGGUUUCGGCGCCCACGCGUCAAAAAUUGCGGGGGCGAAUACGGAGGCUUCGCGCUCAAACGUGCGCGCGCGCCGACUGACACACACGUUUCGAUAAAAAAUACUUUUUUUAAAAAAUAAGCAAACUACAAAAAGAAAUUCGGAACGGUAUUCAAAACCAGUUAUAAAAGUGCUUCAGUGUUGCCAGUGACACGAAUUUCGAGGUGUCAAUUUUUGAAUAUCGAAUGACAUUUUAUACGGAUGUUUUGUGUUUUAUGAAUGGAAUGGGAUAGGAAGUGACGUGAUGCAUAGUGCUGCGCCCGUGUCGGCCCGGUGGGCACCUCUUUGUCGACAAUGAGCGGUCGUUAGAGCGGAAAGAAUGUGGGGGGUAUGCGUGGUGGCGGCGCUGUGCUUGUGGUGCGCGGGCGCGGAGUGGCGUUGCCCGGAGCUAAGCGCGAGGCCCGCCGCCGAGUGCGCCUGUGACUUGCCACACACGCUGCGCUGUGCCGGAGAUCAUACUGCGUUACAGAUAAUUGGUCGUCAUCUUCGAGAGCAGAAAGCGAGAAACAAAAACUCUGCCGUGUCACUGUUGGAUUGUGCAUUGCGUGGUGUGUCUGCGCUCCCGGCAGCCGCUAUAUCAGAGUUAGCCGGAGUGGGACUUCACGGACUGGUUAUAUCAUCUGGAGACAUUCGUAGAGUACAACAAGGAGCUUUUAAUUCUAUCGCCACAACAUUACUGGCAUUGGGUUUGCCGAAUAAUCAACUGCCCUCAGUUCCAACUGAAGCAUUAAAUCAUCUCACGCUGUUAGAUCGAUUGGAUCUGUCCAAUAACAAAAUACAUAUGCUCGACUCUAACUCGUUCAAGGGAAUUAAAAACCUUACAUAUCUAGACAUAAGUGACAAUCAGUUAACGGAUAUAUCGUUGGAUGCAUUCAAGCCGCUUUCAGAAUUGACCGUUUUAAGGUUGAGAGGAAAUCUACUUAAAGUUACUGCUCUGCCGUCUUUAAAGGACGCUCAUUAUUUGCGCGAGCUGGAUGUAUCCAGCAACGCGCUGGAAGGUCCCCUGGGUGCGGGCACUCUGCCGCCGCUGGCUCACCUCACUACACUGCAUCUCUCAGACAAUACCUUCGCAAGUAUACGCCGAGGGGCAUUAGCAGGGCUCACAAAUCUGACUCAAUUGAACCUUCACAAUAAUCAGGUUGAUGUAUUGGAGGACUACGCGUUCAGACAUCUCACCAAUUUGACGCAUUUAGAUCUUUCCCAUAAUGAAAUUGUAGCCGUCUCUGGCGCUUCGUUGGCUCAACUUACGAAUUUAGUCCACUUGGACCUUUCGCACAACUUUUUACGAUCACUUUCAGCGGAGCCAUUGAAGGCUCUCAGGAAACUCACUGAUUUACUUCUCCAUGACAAUGACAUUGCUAUGAUAGAUGACGGUGCUUUAACAAUGCACAAGGAUUUAAGUCGUUUUACUAUUGAAGAUAAUCCUCUCAAUUGUGAUUGCUUAAUGGCCGGCUUUGCGAGGUGGUUGCGCGAAGCAAAAAACCUGUCCCAAUCUGAUAAAUCUGCAGCGGUCUGCGCCACACCACCUCAUUUAGAAGGAGCGCUGCUAUCUAGACUAUCGAAAAAUAAACUAUGUGAUGAUUUUGAACAUAUAGAAAUAAAAAAAGAUGAUAUUAAUUAUGAUUAUAAUAAAAUAUAUGAUGAAGAUGUUAAUGUAAGAGGUAAGCUCAGUGUUGUUGAUGAAACGCUUGUGGAUGGAGAUAUUUAUAUUGAUAAAGCUGAAGGUCUAGAUGAUGAUUUAUACGACGAAGAAUUAGAAGUACCAGGAGAAGAGGACUUGCCGAUAUCUAAGACAAAAGUGAGGUUAGAAGACGCCUGGUACGAUAAAGAAGAAGUACAUCUAUCGUGGUCGUUGGACCCACCAUCAAAUCGUCGGUUCCGUUGUACCGGGGUGACAGCGUCAAGAGGCGGCAGUCUGCCCAAACACGUGGCAUGCCACAGAGCUCCGCCUGCUAAUGUUGUACUACGAGGUUUUAAAAUUGAUCCCCUUGAACAUUAUACAUUUUGUAUAGCAUUAGAAGAAAUGGACAAUAAAGAUAUACCAAUGGCCCUCGUAUUAGGCUGCGGGUUACCCCAACUUGUUAGACAACGCGCUGAGUACAUAACUGUCGCAAGUCUGCCUGUCACUACGCCACCCACAAGACCUACAUUCAGGGUUUCAGAAGUACGUUCCAACGUGACGAGCGACGGAGUACUGACUGUGUUGAUAUCAGUGAUGGGUUUACCUUCACCACGUUCACCUUUCGUAUUACCACGUUCUCAAAGACUUUCUACACCUGAUAGAUAUGCCAUAGGCAAUUGUUACGUCAUCCUGGCAGUUCUAUCAAAAGGAUCAUUAGUAGCUCAAAAAGAUACACCAUGUCAAAGUACUUUGGAAAUAUCAAUGGAAGGUUUCCUUAGAGGACCUUAUGAAGUCUUGUUUACAAGAUGCCAAUUAACCCGCGAACUCUUAAAGAAUGGAUUCUCAAGGACAUUUAUUAGUAAUUGGGUAUGUUUGAUUGAACAGGAAAGCGAUAGAAACACAUCGGCUUUUCAUGCGAAGACGCCGAGAAGAAAGUACUAUGGACUCUUCCAGAUAGGAAGCGAAUAUUGCAAGGAAGGUCGGAAAGGUGGCAAGUGCGACAUAGCUUGCGAAGCUCUACUGGAUGAAGACAUCCGUGAUGAUGGUGUGUGCGCAUUGAAAGUGUUCGAACAAGAGGGAUUCAAAUAUUGGUCGCGUUGGGAGGCGCGGUGUAAAGGACAAUUGUUGCCUGAUAUCGAAAAAUGUCCAGAUUGGCAGUACCCAUCUAAUCGCUCGUCACCACCGAGAGAUAAACGUACCUCACCCUCAAGAGGUCGAAGGUCAGCUUUGAGAAAGCGCUUCACUCUACAUUUGCGACCAAAGCAUAGUACAGUAUUGUCUUUAUAAAUUGUUAUUACAAGUAAUUAUAAUUAAAAUAAUAAAUUAUUA